CAGGCGGAAGGGCCACCCUGGGGCUCUCCAGCUGUUGCUGGGACUACAUUAUCCCCAGCAGGCAGCAGCCGUGCAGACAUCCCGGAGGAGGCGAAGCUUCGCCUGCCUCUUGCUUUGCCCGCCCAGAGCCGGGGAAGCAUCGCUUGCUCAGCACAGGACAGGCUGCAGUCCGAAGCAGGCCUCUUAGGCAGUACCUAGGAAGCUGCCUCCUACCGAGUCGGACCCUUGCUCCACCCAGUUCAGUACUGCCAGCACGGACUGGCAGCGGCUCUGCUCUCCAAAGUUGCAAGCUGGAGGCUCUCCCAGCCCGACCUGGAGAUGCUGCCAGGGACCGAGCCUGCGGCUCCAUCAUCCCCAAACGGUUAUAUCCCACAAAUUUGAUAUUCAGCCAGUCGAGGAAGUCCUUCUAUCCCAGGAAUAACCGAGUGCUUGAGAUGAUGAGACUUUUACUCCUUAUAGGUGGCUGGCUGCCUUGUGCUGCCGAGUCAGACCAUUGGUCCACCCAACUCAGUAUUGUCGGCACUGCCUGGCAGGGGCUCUCCAAUAGGGAUGGGUACGGAACCAGUUCGGACACCCUUUAUGGGCCUCUGAAUCAGUUCGAAGAACCGGCAGCUCCUCCGGUUCGAAGGUGGCAGGGGCCUCCCUUUAAGAGUGGGGGAGGGUGCACUUACCCCUCCUGCCACUUUCCCCCCACCGGCGUCAUCAGGGUGGCAACUUAAUGCUCAUCAGGGUGGCAACAUACCCCCUGCCGCUCCGUUGCCCUCGUCUUCUGGAUAUGACCGGAAGUCACAGCUGCCCCGAUGGGCAUCAAGAAACAAGGACGCCGGAGGGGGAGCGGCAGGAGGGGGAGCGAAGCCCUGGAGGCAGCCGCCCUCUCCCCAAAGAGGCUUCUGCGGAGGAGAAAAGUGGACCUCGCCUAUGAAUCUGCAGAAGGAAGUGGCCCAACCACAGAGGCCAAGGAAGAGAGAUGGGAGCCUCGGAACUGGGAGCAGCAGCUGGCAAAUAUCCGGGAAAUGAGGAAGGAGCGGGAUGCCCCCGUGGACCACAUGGGGGGAGCGAAGUGCUUUGAUCAUGAGGCUCCCCCAGAGGUGAUCCGCUUCCAGAUCCUCCUGUCGCUCAUGCUCUCCAGCCAGACCAAGGACCAGGUGACCUCGGCAGCCAUGACGCGCCUGAGGGAGCACGGCCUGACCGUGGACAACGUCCUGCAGACUGAUGACGCCACUCUGGGCCGGCUCAUCUACCCGGUGGGGUUUUGGAAGAACAAGGUGAAGUAUAUCAAGCAGACGGCGGCCAUCCUGAAGCGGGACUACGCCGGCGACAUCCCCCAGACGGUGGCCGAGCUGCUGAAGUUGCCGGGAGUCGGACCCAAGAUGGCCCAUCUGGCGAUGGAUCUCGCCUGGCAGGCGGUCUCUGGGAUCGGUGUGGACACUCACGUGCACAGGAUUUCCAACCGGCUGAAGUGGGUGAAGAAGGAAACUAAAUUUCCUGAGGCGACCAGACAAGCUCUGGAAAAGUGGCUCCCCAGGGAUCUCUGGAGUGAGAUAAAUUGGCUGUUGGUCGGAUUUGGUCAGCAGAUCUGCUUGCCUGUGCGCCCACGCUGCGGUGCAUGCCUCAACAAGGACAUCUGUCCAGCUUCCGGGAAGCACUGAGCCACGAAAGAGUCGCUCUUCCCGUCGGAACAGGCGGCCUGCAGGAAUGAAGAUCUUCUGUGCAUAGACUGAAAUUUGGGACCCGCGCAUAGCCUGGCAUUGCUAGUGCUGCCGACCAGAUUCCUUUGGGUCCGCAGCUUGUGCAAAGAGGAGUUGGGCUCUGACAGGUAGGGGCGCUACGCCAUUCCUGGCCAGCCUGGGUUCCAGGGGGGCCCGUGACAGCUCCUUGCGGAAGACCAGAGAGAUCUCCCAAGGGUGGGGGGCCCCCAGACUUCAAGGUUUCCUCCAUGGACAAAGCCACAUGCUCUGUAGAACACAGUUGGAUCAAUUGAAGGGUCUGUCUGAGACGCUGGUGCCGCCAAGGCCCAGCUGAAAACAGGCAGGUUGGCGGAGGGGGCGGGAGGAAAUGUGCUUGUGGGCCUGUCGGUAGGCUGCCAGCGGACCGGCAUUCUCGACCGCGACUGGAAAUCUCCCUGGGUCCAACCCAGCUGGUUUUGGCGAGGACAGUUAAGGUCAGGGCUGGCUUGGCACUCCUGGCCUCCACUGCAAAAGGGCAAAACUCCCUUUGGAGAGCAUGGGUCUUUGAAACACAAAAUUGGGGUGGGUGGGGUGUCGGCAAGAGUGGCUUUUCCUAAUGCGCCUGGGGGGGGGCCCAAGGAGGCACAGCUGCCUCUGCUUCCUGGCAGCUUGGGUGCCUUUUCUCUUUCCUGCCUCGCCCGAGGACCACGCUGCCUGCAGGCUGGCCAUUCAUCAGGCACAGCUGUGCAGGAGCUCUACCUGACGCAUGGCCAGGCUGUAGGCAGCGCGGGAGAGAGACAGGAGCCCCCUGAGCUGCUGCCGGGAAGCAGAGGCAGCGGCACCUCCUUGGGUGCCCCCCUGGCCUGUUAGGACAAGCCACCCCUGGAUGGGGGGGCGGUGAGGCGGAGAAUGGGAGGGAUCCCAGACGGAAGAAAUAACGUCGGACGCCACCACAGCAAGGCUCACUGUACAUGAGAGACCAGUUUUAUUAUGGACAUUUCAGUAUACUUUUUUUUUUUUUUUUACAAUGCAAGUAACAGCUCUUUGUAUAACUUCUUAGUGAGUGUCUAAGUUAGCUGUGCAGGGAACUGAGUAAGUGUUACAGAGCUUAUAGGAUGGCAAAGAAACAGAGCUCUACCUACGUGCCUUGAAAUGGCCGGGAAUCAUUCCGUGGAAUAUGCAGAGAACAACUUUUUUGGAAGGGCGGGGGGGUGGAGGGACCUCAGACCUGUAUGGGUGCAUAGCUGCAUACCUGAUUUCAGUUUCAUCAUUAGUAUCCACCCCACACUUUUUCCUUGCUCUUCACCCCGAUAAUCUUGCCAUUAAGGAUUUUGACAUCUCUGUGUGUAUGUGCGUGUGCGCGCGCAUGCAUGUGUGCACCGACUCCUUCCAUAACAACACGGGGGGAAGAAGAGAGCCGUCUCUGCUUCCAGGAGGCGCUGACCCUAUUUCUUCAGCCUCGAUGGAAAACCAAACCCAGAAUCCUCAUCAGGGAAGCAAAGCAGUCCCGAAUAAACAUCCCGUCUCUCCUCCUGGACUCGAUAGCUACAAGCAACCUUAGCAGCACAUUCCUGACCUCCAGUCAUAGCCAGUCUAGCUAAAUAAAAUGUAAACACCCAGCAAACUCUUCUUUCUGAAGCCACGUUUUCUAUUCACAAAACAUUCCACCAUGAUGCUCAAUUCGGUUCCUGCUGAAUAAGCCAGAAGUGCCUUUUGACCCAGAGGGGGGUCCAGGGCAGUUCCCAGAUGUUGACUAUAACUCCCAUAAUCCCCAGCUGCAAUGGCCAAAUCCCAUUGCAACUGAGGAUUAUAGGCAUUGUAGUCAAUGACAUCAGGGAAUCGCUGUUACGGAGAACACUGAUCCAAGGGUCCCUGCUUGCUACAUGAGGCUUGUUGAACACAACUCGAGAUGGAUCGGGGCCAGCAUGUGCAUUUUAUUCUGCAAUAAAAUGGGGGGGGGGAGGAACCAGUGUCUACAGGCUGAAUGAUGCAAAUUAAUCACAUUUGCAUCUCUUUGCUUCUGCAUAGUUUAAUCGGCUUCAGUGGUACAGGCUGCAAAACAAUUUAGAAUUCUGUGGCAAGCUUUGGCAAAAUUUUGGAGGGUAGGGAGGGGACGAGGAGUGGAGAUAUGCCCAAGCUCUCCCCAGCUAACAGGAAUACUGGAAACCCUGCUUUAAAAAAAAAUAAACAUGUAAAAAUUCUCAAGAUGCCGCCUUCAACAUUUGGAAAACCAGCUUUUAGUUGUGCAGAAUGUACCCAGCAUUGCUGUAAUCACCCCACAGUUCCAUGGAAUCCAAAAGAAGAGCAUUUCCUUUUUAUUCUGCCAA